AUGGAGUCAACCUCUGACAGCACAAAUAAGGCAUUUGACUCUCCAAAAGAAACAAUCCCUCAAUAUCCACCGCAAAUUACACCAAAUACCUUGAUAGAAAAAGCAGUCGAAAAGCUCCACAAGACUGGAAGAAGAUCAAGGAUCCCGAAUGCAUUUAUCGCGUAUCGUAUGGCAAUAUGCUCGGAGCUUCGAAUUAGCGAAAGUCCAGGGUUAAAUCAGCCAAAACUUUCAUCGCUGGCAAAAGAGUCUUGGAAAAAGGAGCCUGCCCAUGUACGGAAAGAAUAUCAAAGAAUUGCUGCGGAAGCUCGCGACCUCUACAAAAAUGUGUGCGACAUAUACGCGCCCAUUGACGAACAUUACGAAUACAACGAUAAUAAUUAUUUCUCGCAGGCAUUUUGUGAGAAUGAUGCAGAAGAUUACUAUCAAGAAAAUUAUGAUAUCGAUGAUAAUUGUCAAAUCAUCGAGAGUGCAGAUUUAGCAGAUCUUGCAUCAUUUCCUUCUGAGCAAUUUCAUCAAGCGUUACAAAGCAAUUAUACGCAACAAUUUAUGCAGACUUCCGUUAUAACUUCAGCGCCUACGAUCUCGACAUCUUUAAAUACAAAUUAUACUUCCAGUCAAGAAAUUGGAGAUGCGAAAUCUUAUUUAUCGUCAACUUCUAACGGUCAUUACCCUUAUAUAAAUUUCGAGAUUGAAUCCAAACAAUCGAAUGCAUUCAAUUCUAACUCAACACCUAUCGAUCAGGACAAUAACAUCUCUUGUGAUUUUUGCACUGAAAAAAUAAUAGAUAUGGAAAAUUCGAUUCAAAAUUUAGAAAAGAAAAUUAAUUUAUCUGGAAUUCAACUAAUAUGA